AUGUAUUUCGUUUACGCCCAAUUUGAAAUCGACGGUGAAAAACAAAUCACCACAUCUGAGUAUGUGAAGAAUUUCAGCCCGCAGGACGUCUAUGACUUCGAUCCCGAUAGCCUAUACUUGGUUUAUUGGGCUGGAGACGACAAAACGGACGGGGACUUCUAUUCAGCGAAAUUGAUUCACAUGACUGAGUCCAUGGAGGAGAUGGAGAUUUAUGUGAUGCGAAGAUCAAAGCCCGCUGGAGGACAGUCCGCUGCUUCAAAGAAGCGUAAGCUGGCCACAAAAAAGCAACCAACCGCGAAAAAGACAAAGAAGGUGGCUCAGCAUGCAGAGGAGCUUCGCCUUUUGGACUCUAUGAGUUCAUCCAGUGACGAGCUCGUGUCAAAGAAAGAAUUAGAGACCAUAAAGGAGAAGUACGAAAAACUGUUGCACGAGAACGAGGCAUUGAAAAAGGCCAACCUUGAACUGCAAAGAGUGCUAUGCUCGAAGCUUUUUAAAUUGGAAAAAGUUGUGUUCACUGACCCCCUGACCAAUGUCGUGGCAGAAAAUGGUGGAGACGACCUUGGACCUGUACCAUCAACACAGAAUGUUGUGCAAGAUUCCAGCGAACCUGUUCUUGGACAGGUCUCUCGGCAAAGUCGAGGUCAUUCCUUUGCAGGCCACACAGAGGUUCCGCUACCUCAACCAGUCAUUUCGGCUUGCCCCGAUAACCACAGAAUGGUGUCUUACGACGCCUCUCGGCAAAUUUCGGAUGCUGGGACUUCCUUUGGUAUUGACGCCUCUUUGUCGUGUCCUCCUGAUGAAGUACAAGACCCUGCUGAAGGUGGGGCCACACCAUGUUUUAAUGUUGAGUCUUCUACAACUGCUAUUGGUGAAGAGGACAGCAAUGGCCAGGUGCAUGCAGGUCGUGGCGUUUGGAUGCCAAAGGUGGUCUGGGACAAAAUACACAGUUACAAGGAGGACAGCAUGUUUAUCAAACAAGCUGCACUGGCAAUUUGGUCUGCACCAGUGCUGGCGACAAAAAGUGUCACUGGCACACUUUCAAAUCGGGCCAAAGCGGACGGCUGUGUUCAGGUUCAGCAGCCCUUGACACCACACAAACUAGAGGCCCUUUAUGGUAUGUUUGAAAGGCGGCAUGGCUGCACCACUGAGCAGGAACAGAAGAUGAGACGACGUACAGCAAGGUACUUCUUGUCCCAAAAAAUGUCAGAUUUACGGAGGAAAAAAUAAACGGUGAGA